AUGGCGUUGCGCUCCCCCGCAUGGCGUUGCGCUCCCCCGCAUGGCGUUGCGCUCCCCCGCAUGGCGUUGCUCUCCCCCGCAUGGCGUUGCGCUCCCCCGCAUGGCGUUGCGCUCCCCCGCAUGGCGUUGCUCUCCCCCGCAUGGCGUUGCUCUCCCCCGCAUGGCGUUGCUCUCCCCCUCGCAUGCGCGGAGGUGGCGCGGCUAGCGGGGGAAGUGGCGGCGCUGAAGAAGGAGAUGGCCGUCAAAGUGAAGCACUACGAGAACAAGCUGCUCACCCACUCCGUCAUCAACGGCGCCCUUCAGGCGGAGAACGAGCGCCUUAAGGAGGACCUGCAGAGAGCGCUGGAGGGCGCACAGGGGGGCGGGGGAGGGGGAGGGGGCGGGGCGGGGGGGCGCAGUGUGGAGGAGGCGGAGCAGGAGCUGCGCGAGCUGCAUGAGGAGUUCACCCGGCGGCUCAAUGCGGCUGAGAAAGGCGUGAGUGCCAUGCUGCUGAGACGGCCAAUGGCUGAGAAGGGGUGUGCCCCUCUCUCUGUGCGCCCGUUAUUCACCAUCCGGGAAACCAGCUUCUCCGUUGCCUUCCCGUGCCCACUGCUGCCCACCUUUCUGCCUGGCUGUGCGUGUGGUGCUUGGUUGUGCGUGGUGUGCGUGUGGUGUGCGGGUGGUGUGCGUGUGGUGUGUGUUUGGUGUGCGUGUGGUGUGCGUGUGGUGUGCGUGUGGUGUGCUUGUGGUGUGCGUGUGGUGUGCGUGUGGUGUGGUGUGCAUGCGUUCAGGGAGGAGUGUUUUGGGUUGAGGCGGUUGGUGGAGGAGCAGAGGCAAGCAGCAGCGAGGAUGGAGGGGGAGAUGGGGGACAAGGACGCACAGCUGCAGCAGGUGGGAGCACCGCCCUCCCAACACGGCAUCACUCACAGCUGCUUGCCUUUUCACUGCUCGUCUUGCCCCGGCAUAACUCAUAAUCCCUCUGCAUCACUCGUCAGCGAGCGGGAGAGUGAGGCGCUGCGGCAGGCGGUGGGGGAGAGAGAGGCGGUGGUGGCGAGGCAGCGGCAGGAGCUGGCGCGCGUGGAGGCGGACAGAGACAGGCUGCUCGCCACAAAGCAGGCGCUGGAGGCGGCAGCCCAGAGCGCAGACGCCACCAGGUCGUCGCUACUGGAGGAGGCAAACGAGGCACUGGCAGCCACCAAGCAGGCGCUGCAGCACCACAAGGACCAGCUGCUCCGGGUGGUGGCGGAGGGAGCGCAGGAGAGGGCAGCAGCGGUGGAGGCGGUGAGGGAGGAGAUGCGGCAGCAGCGGGCAGCGCUCGAGGCACAGGCGGCGGACAAAGAGAGCCACCUCACAGCUGCUCUCUCUGCCCUCGCCCAGAGGGCAACGGAGGCAGAGAGGGAGGCAGUGCAGAGAGAAGAGAAGCUGAUGCAAGAGAUAGCGGCUCUCAAGAAUCGGUGCCAGCUGGCAGAGACAGCUCAUGGUGACGUCAGCACACACAUCACAGCAGCAACUCAACCUCUUUUGAGGCAGAUGGAGGGCAUGGCGGCGCAGGUGAGGCGGAUGGAGCACGAGGAGGAGCAGAGGGAGCGCGUGCACCAGGAGCAGCAGCAGCAGUGGGAGCAGCGGUGGCGCCACGCAGAGGAGGGGCGCAGGAGGGCGGAGGAGAGGGCGGGGCAGGCGGAGCGGGGGGCAGCUGAUGCAGCGAGGGCACGGGAGGAGGCAGAGAGGGAGGCGCAGGCUGCAGUGAAGCGACUGCAGGAGUUGCAGCAGCAGCAAGAGCAACUGCGGGAGGCGGCGCAGGCGGCGGGGGAGAGGGAGGGCAUUGCGGAGCAUGCGAGGGCGGAGGCAGCAGCAGCGCUGCAGGCAGCACGUGAGGCGAGAGACGAGGCUCUCAGACGCAUUCGGGAGAUGGAGCGGGCGGGCAGGGGGCGAGGAGCAGAGGGCGAUGACAGGGUUGGGGGAGGGGGAGGAGAGGGCAAGGGCAGUGGCGGGAGCAAGGUGCAGCAGCAGCAGCAAGAAGGGGCUGAGAUGCUGCGCACCUCUGCUGGCCUUGCUUCAUCACAAGUUGCGCCCCCUUCUCCCCCCGUGCCUGGUGCGCCCCCCUCUCCCCCCGUGCCUGGCGGAAGAGGGGGGAGUGCAUGGGGUGGUGGGGGGGGGGCGAGUGUGGUGGAAGUGGGAGGGGCGAAGGGGGGGGAGGGGCUGGGAGGCAGUGCGGUGAGGUUGAGUGACCUCGAUGUGGGGGGGUGGGGCAUGGCAGCAGGUGGUGUGGGCAUGGAGCGAAUGCGGGCUAAACUCAGGUGGGCAAGCUGUCUGCUCAGCUCCCUCCCUUCCCUCUCCCACUUCGCCCCCGCCCCUCACGCCCUCUCUGCCUCCUGCCUUGUCUCGCAGCAGGAGGGGGAGGUGCGGCAGCUGCAGCGGGAGGUGCAGGAGGCGCGAGCAGCCAGAGACGCCACGGCGGACGAGCUGCUGAGAGUGUCACAGCGCCUGCUUGCGCUCGAGAAGGAGCGAGUGGCGGUGCCGGCACUGGAAGCAGAGCUGCAGCAGUUGAGGGCGCGGCACGAGGUGGCGCUGGUGAUGGUGGGCGAGCGCAACGAGCGUGUGGAGGAGCUGGAGGCGGACCUCACUGACGUGCGCUCUCUCUACAAGGAGCAGGUCGCUCUUCUCGCAGGGCAGGUGGACCCAGCCAAGUGGCCGCAGGGCUACCGCAUCUGCCUCUUCUGCCCGCACUGCGCCAAGACCCAGCGCUCCCACCCCAAGUAG